UCAUUUCCCUCCAAUUCCCGCACGCACUCUUUUGAUUUUCCCUCAUCACCAUUUUCAUCAUUACUUUACUCUGCACCUCUUCACUAUUAAAAAACCUCUCCUCCUUUCUUUCUUAAAUUUCAAAAAUUAAAAAAAAAGGUUCCUGGUGAAUCAGCUAGUGCAAGAUUCAAGAUUUUUUUUAAAAUUUUUUUAUUAAGUACCAGGCGGUAUACAGGUUAAUUAAUAAUGGAAUCUGGAUCACAAGCUUUACAACACCGCUUGCUGUCAGUGAAAUUGUGGCCACCUAGUUAUAGUACAAGGCUAAUGCUUGUAGAGCGGAUGACCAAGAAUCUUACAACUCCAUCCAUUUUCUCUCGAAAGUAUGGCCUACUAAGUAGUGAAGAGGCUGAGGAGGAUGCCAAGAAAAUAGAAGAGUUAGCUUUUGCAACUGCAGAUCAACACUACAAGAAGGAGCCUGAUGGUGAUGGAAGUUCUGCAGUGCAAAUAUAUGCAAAAGAAUCCAGUAGACUGAUGCUGGAAGUUAUUAAAAGAGGCCCUACGGUAAAGGAUGGAGAGUUAGCAGAUAAAAAUACUGCUCUCCAUGAAACUGUCUUUGAUAUAUCUGGAGGUCGGCGGGCAUUUAUUGAUGCAGAGGAGGCCGAGGACCUUUUGAAACCACUUAGACAGCCAGGAAAUUCCUAUACUAAGAUAUGCUUUAGCAACAGAAGUUUUGGCUUGGAUGCAGCAAAUGUUGCUGCACCCAUCUUAUCAUCCAUUAAAGAUCAAUUGACAGAGGUAGACCUUUCAGAUUUUAUUGCUGGAAGGCCAGAAUCAGAAGCUCUCGAAGUCAUGAAUAUUUUUUCUUCAGUCCUGGAAGGUUGUCACUUGAGGUACCUGAACCUUUCGAACAAUGCCUUGGGUGAAAAGGGUGUCCGAGCUUUUGGGGCACUCUUGAAGUCACAGAAUAAUUUGGAGGAACUUUAUUUGAUGAAUGAUGGUAUCUCAGAAGAAGCUGCUCGAGCAGUUUCUGAGCUAAUUCCUUCUACUGAGAAGCUGAAAGUUCUUCAGUUUCACAAUAACAUGACAGGGGAUGAAGGUGCAAUUGCUAUCUCUGAGAUUUUGAAGCGCUCCUGUGCAUUGGAGGAUUUCCGGUGUUCUUCUACAAGAGUUGGCGCAGAUGGUGGUGUGGCUCUAGCUGAAGCACUAAAGACAUGUACCCAUUUAAAGAAGCUUGAUCUGCGUGACAACAUGUUUGGUGUGGAAGCUGGAGUUGCUUUGAGCGAAGCUCUCUCCCUGUUUGCGAAUCUUACUGAGGUUUACCUCAGUUUUUUGAACCUGGAGGAUGAGGGGGCAGAAGCACUCGCCAAUGCUCUGAAAGAGAGUGCACCUUCUCUUGAAGUUCUGGAAAUGGCUGGAAAUGACAUUACAGCCAAAGGUGCUGCUUCUUUAGCAGCCUGUAUUGCAUCAAAACAAUUCCUCACAAAAUUAAACUUGGCAGAGAAUGAACUCAAGGAUGAAGGUGCUAUUUUGAUUGCUAAGGCAAUAGGAGAGGGUCAUGGUCAGUUGAAUGAAGUUGAUAUGAGCUCAAAUGCCAUAAGGAGAGCCGGGGCAAGGCUUUUGGCUCAGGUUGUUGUGAAAAAACCUGGAUUUAAGUUGCUGAAUAUCAAUGGAAAUUUCAUUUCUGAUGAUGGGAUAGAUGAGGUGAAGGAAUCAUUUAAAAGUUGGCCUGAUAUGCUUGGUCCUUUGGAUGAGAAUGAUCCAGAAGGAGAAGAUGAUGAGGAUGAUGAAGAGGAGAAUGCAGAAAAUGAGAGUGAACUGGAAUCCAAGCUUAAGGAUCUCAAGAUCGAGCGAGAAGAAUAGUCAUGCUGUGUAUGUCUGUUGUUAUUGCUAUAUUCAGCUGAAAAUCAUUUAAAUAAUCUUCUACUUUCAAUCUUGCUUAUUAUAGUCUAAGGUACAAAAUUAGUGUGGGAGAUCUACCCAAUGUAGGUUAGGUUUUUGAAGACUAAUUCGUCAAAGUCAGAUAAUAGAAGAGUCUGAGUUUAAUUGUUGUAGCUCUAAUUAGCUGGAAGCUGAAUUUAAUUUAAAUUUACUCAGCAACAUACUCUUUGGACAGCAUGUUAUCAUUCCUUUAGUUGUAGCUGUAAUGUACUUGAGAUACAGCAGUCAUCUGUUUCAGAUAUCAUUAUUCAACAGUUUAAUAUGCAAUUUUUUUUUUCAAA